CGCUUAUCCGGUCAGUGGGAAUCGUAAAGCGUUUUAAAUCUGAAUAUUUGAGUUAAAUGGACUGCACUUACAGGACCAUCAUCGUUAGCGAACAUAGAAGAACAAUGUAUGCAUAUGAAACCGUUUAAAGCUGCGAACGAAUGAUGGAGUAUUUGCCAGACUCUAACGCCAGAUAUAAAGACGUGGACUAUUGGAAUGAGCGCUACCGGACAGAGGAGAGUUUCGAGUGGUUCGGAGAUUUCACCAAAUUUGAGCAUCUGAUCAAAAAGCACGUAGGGGUGGAAGAAACUAUUUUAAUAUUGGGUUGUGGGAACAGUGCUCUCAGCUGUGAUAUGCACCAGGCCGGCUACACCUCCAUUACCAGCAUAGAUUACUCCAGCGUUUGUGUGGAGACAAUGGCGGAGAAACACCGGAAUCGCGCUGAACUUAGCUGGCUGUGCAUGGAUGCCCGUCGCCUGGCCUUCCCUGAUGCCGUGUUCGAUGUUGUUUUGGAAAAGGGAACCCUGGAUGCCAUGCUGGUCGAGGAGACCGACCCGUGGAGCAUCUCCAAUGAUGCGGCCCAACUGCUGCACCAGGUUCUCCAGGAGGUCAGUCGUGUUUUAAAGCCCGGCGGCCGCUUCAUCUCUGUAACGUUUGCUCAGCCACACUUCCGCAAAAGGCUGUACUCUCGGGCGGAGUACGACUGGUCCAUCAAACACUAUCACUACGGCAACAGCUUCCACUACUUCCUGUACGUUCUCACCAAAGGGGAGGAGCUUAGUCUGGAGGACGCGGAAAUGGAGAGAAGACUGCGCGCAGAAGCAGAGACACCGCCAAUUGAAGUUAUAUUUCAGGAAGUGGAUUCUGAGGAUUUCCUAAAUAACAUCGGGCUAUAGGUCAGAUAAAGCAGAACUUUUUUUUUUCGGCUUCAGAAACAACUCAAACAUGCCACAAAAAUGUAAAUACUUUGCCUUCUCAUUCCAAAGUCAUCUAAAGUUCUAUGAUGGCUUUUUAGGACUGCUGUUUACUUUCCCUCUGCCAUCACAAAUAUGGACCAUGAUGACAUAAUUGAUAUAUUAUUUUUAAUAGUCUGCAGGUUAGGACUGAAAGAGGAAUGGAUCAACUGUUAUACAGGGUAGGAUACAUACAGCAACCUUUGGAGAUGCUGAUCUCUGGUUCUGUGAUGGCAGUAUUUGAAAUGUGCUAAAAAAUAAAGGAAAACACAGGAACUUCCCAUCUGUGAUGAUCAGAACUUAAAACUGUCCCUUACAUUUAUUGGUUGGGUGAAUUCUAUAUUUGAAACAACUGUGAACAACUUUUUAAACGUUUUAAACAACUUUUAACUAACUUCUGAAGGUCUGAUGUGUUUUACAUUGCUCUCUUUAUUUUUUUUUUACAUUUUACCAGACAAUUCUUUUAUAUGCAGGCUUGCGUGUGCUCUCUCUCUCUCUCUCUCUCUGUGGCCUGUUUUUCUCAGUGUGAUUGUGUUGAUAGGCAUGUCAAGGAUGAUUGCCUGACACUUGCACACUUUUGCAGAGACAAAUCUAUCACAAACUGCUUCUGAAACAAUAGAUAAGCAAACAGGAAACAAACACCUCUUCUUCUGUAUGCCAGAUUAUGACAGACGUGCGUGUGUGUGCGUGUCUGUGCGUGUGCUCUUUAGGAUGAGAAAUGGCUGCCGUGAAUUGAAGGAGGCCAUUAAUAAACUAGAAAUCAUUUAUUUUUAAUUUCGCUCUGAAGUGUAAUUACUGUCUAUUUUUAAGACUAGGAAGGUGGCUGACUUCCUGCGCUCCGGAGAGAACAGAUAAAAGUCACAAUCUCACACUGUGAUUUGCAGUAUAGAGAGGAGUGAGCCCCAAACAUAGUAUAGAUGGAAACUAUGUGACAUUUGAUAAAAUCAAGGAACAAAGACGACUGUGAUCCUGUAUGUGGAAAAAAACUUUCUUUGUAUUUGUCUUACAGUGUAAGAUUGGGUUUCAUAAAACUGCAUUUGCAUCUGUACGUGCGAGUGUAAGAUUCCCAUUCAAUUUUGUUGUAGAUGUUUUAGCACAUUGUUAUGCCUGGGUGGUCUUAUUGACCCAGAUCUAGAAGCACAGCAUGAUGUUUCUAUGAUGUUCUUGUGCUGAUAAGUCUCCUUCAAUGUAAGUCUAUAGGAAUCCUUAUCAAUUUUAUCAUCGGUCAGGCAAAAGCAUAAUACUGAUAAUAUUGACUUUGUUAGUGGCAUUAUAGCAGUGGCUCACGCUGCGUGAAGCACCAGCAGCAGCAUUAAAGUCAAGUGUGGAAUUAAAUGUGUGACCUCUGAAAGCUGAUAAUGUAGUCACAGGUCUUUCCCCUUCACUGACGUUCUAUGCAAUGACGUCAGGGCAGGGCUGGUGUCAGAUGACUGCUGAUAUCAGGUGACCUGCAGGUAUCGGGUGUGGAUUUAUCCUGCGAUCGUAUCCUCCCCGCACUGGCACGAUGCGGUACACAGGGCUCUUCAGGAACCUUGUGCACCUACCCUAACUGGUGUUAGGUGCACAAGGUACCUGAAGAUUGUCUUGACAGAAGACCCUGGUUUCUUAAUGCUGGUUAAUUUCUCAAAUUUAUAAAUUCAAACCCCAUAUUUAUGAGUACAAAUGACAUCAAUAUCAAUAUUAGGAACUACUAUAAAUUUAAAUGUUGAUAUCUCAGUUUACUUCAAUUGUGAUGUCACCUAGCACAUGUCAUUAUACAUUCCUACCUGCUUGUAGUCUGCAGACAGAUCUUUUUUUCAUGAAUAAAAGUCUUGUCAUGUGAUUAGAAAUGAUCAUAUGAUCUUUUCAUGACUAAGAUUGAGAUGCUGUCUCUUCAGCUAAGUUCUCAUUGGUCCAACUUCCCAUUCUCUUGUCUAUGUAAUGGACAAAUGUGUUAUGCUGGGGGCAGGGCAGGACAGACCAUUACAUCAUCGUCCUGAGGCGGCAGCCAAGCAGGCCCAUAUUGAUAGUGGAUACGUAAACCAGCUACCCAGAGAGCUCUACUGACAACACUAUGGUCAACAUUGCAUUAAGUGCGGCUUUUAUUUCUGGCCAGGUUAUAAAUAAAGAUGUUAAGGAAAAUUACAGGUGUAUAUGUUGUCAUGACCCGACCUCACCCCUAAAGCCUAACCCUAAAAUGUUCUUACAUGUUAAUUCACGUUGAUCAUUUGAGGACCAUAAGCAUGAAUUUGGUUCUUAACAUCUUGCGACACAAAAUAUUCACAAACGUCGCCUUUGUCAAACUGUCAAACUUUUCAACAUAAACGGUUAGGUCCAUAAAUAUUUGGACAGAGGCACAUUUUUUUGUUAGUUAAGCGGUUUAAAAAAAUAUAUUCAAAUUACAGUUAUAUUAUAUAAUGAAUAUUGUCUUGAAGUGCACACUCACAGCUUUAUUUAGAGUAUAUUCAUAUCCAAAGUUAGCCCGUAUCUGUAAAUUAAAAUUGAUUCGACUGCCCAAUUACUUUUGGUCCCUUGAAAAAGGGUGAGCUACAUACUAAAUAAAGCUGAGAAUUUAAGACUAUAUUUAUUAUAUUACUUUAAGUUGAAAAUAUUUGGGUAAACAGCAAAAAUAACGUUAUAAAAACUCUUUUGUUCCUCUGGCUAUAAGGUUGUUGGACUCAAAUGCAAAGGAUGGGACUGUGUAAGGGUUAUUGUUUAUGGAUGAUUGUUAUUUAUGUUGGAACUUGUUUGUACAGUUUUACCUGUAUUGCCCAAAACAAAUUUCCCUUAAAGGGACUAAUAAAAUAUUAAUAAUAAAAGUAA